AUGAUCUUCUCGACUGUUUUCAAGCUAGGCUUGGGCGUGUGCUCAUUGCUUCCCGCCCUGGGGGUUGUCUCGGCUACCGUCAGACGGGAUGACUUCCCGUCCCUUCUCGACGCAACUCUAGAUGAGCUUCGCCAUGGUUUGGACGCGGGCCUCUUCACCAGUGUUGACCUUACAAAGGCCUACAUAGCCAGAAUCCAAGAGGUCGCCGAUGAAUUGCACGCCGUCAACGAGAUCAACCCUGAUGCAUUGUCCAUCGCCGCCCGCAUGGACGCGGCGCGCAAGAACAAGACGGCUUGCAGCCGCGGACCUCUUUACGGCAUCCCCGUUCUUAUCAAGGACAACAUCGCUACCCUGGAUAAGAUGAACAACACGGCCGGGUCGUUUGCUCUUGUUGGUGCCCAGCCAAAGGAAGAUAGCACGAUAGCCGCCAAGCUCCGAAAGGCGGGUGUCAUUAUUCUCGGCAAAGCAAACUUGUCGCAGUGGGCCAACUGGCGAAGCUCAAACACAAGUAGUGGGUGGUCUGCCUAUGGAGGCCAGACAAAGGGUGCUUAUCUUCGCGACCAGGAUCCCUCGGGGUCCUCGUCUGGAAGUGGUGUUUCGUCGUCCAUUGGGUUGGCCUGGGCGGCGCUGGGAACCGAGACAGAUGGUUCCAUUAUUUCACCUUCCUAUGUUAAUAACAUUGUGGGCAUCAAGCCUUCUGUCGGCCUUACCUCUAGGUACCUGGUUGUUCCCAUCUCCUCGCAUCAAGACACUGUUGGGCCCAUGGCCAGGACAGUCAAGGACGCCGCGUACCUCCUUUCCGCCAUUGCUGGCGCAGACAAGAAUGACAACUACACAUCGGCUAUCCCUUUCAAAGAAAGGCUGCCUGACUAUGUCGCAGCUUGUAAGGAUGACGGCUUGAGCGGCAAGAGGAUUGGCGUACCUCGCGGUUUGUUGACGCCGUCACAAGAUACGUCCCCUCUCUUGCAGGCAUUCGAAAAAGCGCUGGAAGUUCUUAGGUCCGGAAAUGCAACCAUUGUUGACGACUUCGAAAUCCCCGGCAGUGAAAAGAUUGGAAAGUUCAUUGAGCCUAUCCUGGGCGCUGAUAUGCUCACAGAUGUUGCUUCACACUACUUCAACCAUCUCAAGACCAAUCCUUACAAUAUCACCACUUUGAAGCAGCUGCAAAGUUUCACACAAAAGUUUCCCAAGGAAGAAUGGCCCGUUAGGGAUACCCAACUCUGGCAAGAUGCCAUUGACAGAGGAUUCGAUAACACAUCCCCCGAAUUCUGGAGUAUGUACACGGAGCAGUUGGAGUUUGCUGGACCACAAGGAAUCCUUGGUGCUCUGAAGAACAAUUCGCUGGAUGCCAUUGUUCUUCCUAGCGAAAUGCUCAACUCCCUUCCGGCCAUUGUCGGCAGCCCCAUCAUUACCGUGCCACUAGGCAAACGGCCUGACGACUGGCCUGAGAGCAAAAAUGGAUUUGGAAAUCUCAUCGGCGAUGGGCCAAAUUUGCCAUUUGGUAUAGCCUUUGCUGGAGAUCUGUUCAGCGAGGAGAAGUUGAUUGAGAUUGCGUAUGCGUUUGAGCAAAAAACCAAAGUUCGGGGCACUAUUCAGCCUCUUGUGAAACCAAAGACUGAACUGCGGGAUGUGGUUGGGACAGGGAGUUGA